UUCAUAAUUUAUCCACAGCAACUCAUAGCCCCUUAAACCUCGAGAAAAGGGAGCCAGAAAAUUCAAUAUUCCAGACUAUUAUAAUUGCUCUUUCAUGCAUUUUUAUAGCUGUGAUUACUUGUGUAGUCGUCGGGUUUGUAUGGAAUCGCUGUGGAAAUCGCGAUAAAGAGGGAGGAAAACGUGCAACAAUGAUGCAUUUAGAAAAAGGCGAACGCUUGCCAAACAGGAUACAGGACCUUGAAAACAAUUGGUCGCCCAAUAGUCAAACCAUCAAAAACCCCGAGGAAAGGCGCCCGUUAGUGGGGGAUGAAGUAGGGGACAGAGGGCUUCCAGACGGAAGUGAUCAGGAUGAUCCGAUGCAAGAUAUUAAAGAAAGAGAUCAAGAGAGAUUAGAGUCGGAUGAGAUGAUUGGUGGUGCUGAAAAUUUAACAGCUGAUAAAGGUGUUGACAUGGGUGUCCAUGAACCUCGGGAUUAUAGAGAGAUAUCUCAAGAGACUGAAGAAGGAUGCGAAAAUCUUGAAGUACUCGAUGAAAUACUUGGAGAGGGCGAAUUUGGAAUCGUUUACAAAGGUGGCCUUUGUGGGAAAGACGGAAACAAGACAGAUGUGGCUGUGAAGAAGCUAAAAGACCCUAGUGCCAUCGCCAAAAAAACUCUGCUCAAUGAGAUAAGGACCUUGAAGCAAGCUGGGAAACAUCCUAAUAUUGUUACUUUGAUUGGUACACGGAUAGAGGGAGGAAACAUUCUUGUGGUCACUGAAUUGAUUCGUGGAGGAAGCCUGGAAAAUCUCUUGAAAGCCAAGAGGGCUUCUGGAGAAAGGAAUGAUUAUCAUAACGUCUGCUGUAAGCUGAAUGACCGGCAGCUGGUUACAAUUGCAUUUCAGAUUGCCGCGGGAAUGCAGCACUUAGAGGAGAGAAAGUUCGUUCAUCGCGAUUUAGCGGCCAGGAAUAUUUUAGUUGAUGCCAACUUGGUGGCUAAAGUUGGAGACUUUGGAUUAGCCAGGGACAUAUCCGAUGCUGGUAUAUACACCAUAACCUCCAGCGGCAAGGUUCCGUGGAGAUGGUCGUCGUUAGAAUCCCUACGAGACCUGCAGUUUACAUCCAUGAGUGAUGUGUGGUCAUUUGGUAUCGUUCUAUGGGAAAUCGCCACUUAUGGUGAGUUGCCAUACUCUGACAUCUCAUCGCCAAUUGCCUUAGUAAGUCGACUGGCUACAGGGUACCGGAUGCCUCGUCCCGACCAGUGCUCGGAAGAACUAUAUGAGCUAAUUAGCUCUUGUUGGAAAGAAAAUCCUUUGAUGAGACCAGUAUUUUCACAGAUUUCUCAGCAGCUGAAGUAUUUUAUGCGAGAAGUAAAGAGGACGUAUACAAAUGUCACAGUGGACAACGGUGGAGAAACUUAAUGACGCUCUUAUGUUAAAGCAAACACCUCAUUCAGUUGUAUUAUUAACAUGAAAACAACCGCGAGAUCUCAAAUAAGUGUAUAACAUGUAAAGACACUGAAAAAUUAUGCUUAAGAAUAUCAGUUCCUGACCCAGGUCCUUUCUAAGCUCCAAAAUUUUGAAUUCAAAUGUUUCCCUACAUGAUAGUUAGGUUCCGCAAUUUUUUUUCGCAGUAUCAUGUAAAUAUACUAGCUUAGCGCGGAAUAGUUUUGCUCUGAAAAAUUUAUAUAGGCACGUAUCUGUACAUUUUCAAAAUUGCGAGCAGGUAGUCCUUUCACGCUGCUACGGCACGAACGUUCAAUGUUAUAAGAUAGUUUUUGGUAUUGAUCACCUCUCUUUCCCAGAUU